AUGCCACACCCAAACCUCAAGGGCAACCGAGCCCUCGACAUCCUCGACAAAGCCGUCGCUGGCAACUAUGGCGUCCCCGCCAUGUGCUGCUACAACAUCGAGGGCAUCCUGGCCACUGUAAGAGCAGCAGAAGCUAAAAAGUCGCCCGCCAUGAUCCUCCUCUUCCCCUGGGCCGUGCACUAUGCUGACGGCGUACUCGUCCACGCCGCAGCAGAGGCGGCCAAAAACGCCAAAGUGCCUGUGACCGUACACAUGGACCAUGCCCAAACACCAGAAAUCAUUCGCUAUGCCGCUGAACUGGGUGGCUUUGAUAGUAUUAUGGUCGACAUGAGCCAUUACGAGAAGGAAGAGAACCUGGCCAAGACGCGUGAAUUGGUUGCGUACUGCAACGAGCGCGGUAUCGCGACCGAGGCAGAGCCCGGGCGCAUUGAAGGUGGUGAGGAUGGAGUAGCAGACACAGUGGAUUUAUCCGGUCUGUUGACGACGCCUGAAGAGAGCCACGAGUUUGUUGCGACGGGCAUUGACUGGCUUGCGCCCGCUUUUGGGAAUGUCCAUGGCUCAUACGGACCGCGGGGAAUCCAGUUAGAGUACGACCGUCUGCAGUCUAUUAAUCAAGCGGUUGGCGAUAAGGUGCGGCUUGUGCUGCAUGGUUCCGAUGAAUUUACCACCGAGAUUUUCCAGAAGUGUAUUGCCAAUGGUGUGUCGAAGGUCAAUAUUAACAAGGUCAUGAACAACGAGUAUGUGCGCGUGCAGGCUGAGAAGGCCGGUAAAGUGCCCUUGACGACUCUACUUGAAGAGGCUACCAAUGCCAUGCAGAAGGCAAUUGAGCGAUGUAUAGACAUGUUGGGAUCUGCAGGGAAGGCUUAA